AUGGCUUCCUUCUCUGAUACACUCAAUUCCCCUUCUCCCUCUGUCCAAGUCCCGGUCUUGAACAUCAACUGGUUUCAGAAACAACCCAACAGCAAUGACGAGGUCAGCAUGGCAUUGAAUAUAUCAGCAGAUUUGCAGUCGCUUUUCACGUGGAACAAAAAACAGGUUUUUGUAUUUGUAGCUGCUGAAUAUGAAGCUCCAGCUUACUGUUGCCUGAGGAAUAUAGAUGAUGAUGUCUUCUUGUCAUAUGAUGAGUAUGAUUUAGAAAAUUCUUUCAAGAGAGUUGUGCCAUGGCUUGAAGAUGGCUUUGGCAUGAAGGAUGCAUCAAGUUCAGUCUUCCAUGUUUUGCGUUUGUUGCAAGUUGGUUAA